AGUCGGCUCAGCCCUUCCCUCAUCUUCCCCUCCGCGGGAAUCCGGCGCCAAACUCAAAGUGUAAGAUGGCGUCGGAGAGCCUUUUCAGCCGGUUGGUGCUGGUGCAGGUGAAGGGCCAGGGUUGCGAGGAGAGGCGAAUAAAUGUUCGCGUGAGUGUUGAGCUCCAGUCAACUUCGAAUCCAAUACAUAGAAAGGAUUUGAUUGUACGACUAACUGAGGAUAGUGAUCCCUUUUUUCUAUAUAACCUUGUCAUUUCUGAGGAGGACUUCCAAAGUUUAAAACUUCAGCAGAGUCUGCUGGUAGAUUUUUCUGCUUUUCCUCAGAGGUUUAUAGAUCUUCUUCAGCAGUGUAUAGAAGAACAAAAUAAAGAUAUUCCAAGGUUUCUGCUGCAACUGAUUUCAUCAGGAUCUAGUCUAGAUCAUACUCCUUCAUUUUUAAAUGUGAUAGAGACAAACCCAUUUAAACAUCUUACUCAUUUAUCACUAAAAUUCUUACCGGGAAAUGAUACAGAUAUCAAGAAGUUUUUGGCAACCUGUUUGCAAUGUGUUAAGGAAGAAAAGCUGCUGCUGGCCCAAAAACUUAGGAAGACAGAAGAGGAUCUUACUCGGCAGCUCAGCUAUACCCAGCAGAACUUGUCAGAAAAGAGCAGGGAAUUGGACAAGUUAAAAAAUGAAUGGACUUCAAAUACAGCAUCCUUAACCAACAGACAUACUCAGGAGUUGACUAAUGAGAAAGAGAAGUGUCUACAGAUACAAGCACAGUAUCAACAGCAACAUGAGCAACAGAAGAAAGAACUUGAAAGCUUGCAUCAGAAAACGGUCCAGCAGCUGCAAAACAGGCUGAAGGAGCUGGAGGUUGCCAAUAAGGAUCUAACAGAAAGGAGAUACAAAGGCGAUUCUACUGUCAGAGAACUUAAAGCAAAACUGUCCAGCAUAGAAGAUGAGUGUCAAAGAACAAAGCAGGAAGUUCUCUCACUUCGUCGAGAGAAUGCUACUCUAGAUGCUGAAUGCCAUGAAAAGGAGAAACAAGUUAACCAGCUGCAGACACGAGUGGCUGUUUUGGAGCAGGAGAUCAAAGAUAAGGACCAGCUUGUUAUGAGGACAAAAGAAGUAUUGGAUGCAACUCAUGAGCAAAAGGCAAUUCUAGAAGAAAAUACAGAAAAGAAACAAAUUCAAAUAGGAAAACUAGAGGCAACAUUGAAGUCGUUAUCAGCUGAACUCCUUAAGGCUAAUGAAAUUAUAAAGAAGUUGCAAGGAGAUGUAAAAACUUUAAUGAGUAAAUUGAAGCUGAAAAAUACAGUAACAAUUCAGCAAGAAAAACUCUUGGCUGAAAGAGAAGAAAAACUGCAGAAAGAGCAAAAGGAACUGCAAGAGGCAGAAAAGUCUCUUCGGGAAAAAGAGCAAGAGGUGUGCAAGCUGCAGGAACAAUUGGAAACCACAGUACAGAAGCUGGAAGAAAGCAAGCAUCUUCUUAAAACAAAUGAAAAUGUUAUCACAUGGCUAAACAAGCAGCUGAAUGAAAUUCAGAUGACAAAGAAGCAAGAAGUAUUAGGAACAUCUACGCCUCCUAGUAAUGCUACUACAAGAACUGGCAUUUCACCACAUCAUAUGAUUGACAGCAGAAUCCCUUUUCUGAACUCAGGACUUAGUUAUCCUGUUUCCCCGUUGCUAGCUUUUCAAAGCUUCCCAGAUACAGCAUCUGUCAAAAGUGCCAGUCAGCAAGCUUCUGGAGCAAAGGUUCAUUUCAAUAUGCCUUCAGAAACCAACCAGUGUUCAGAAACACAGCCUGGACUCUCUGUUGUGACUACUCAUUCAACAAAUAAAGAAAAUGGUGAAAAUUUAGGAUUGGAUGCUAAGUAUCUGAAGAAACGGGAAGACAGCAUCCCCUUGCGUGGCCUCAACCAGAACGCAUUUCACAAUGCAGGGCAUGUGAAGUCAUCUGCAUUGAAAAAGACACACAUCCCAUCCAAAUCGACACUACCUUCUAUAGCAUCUGCAUACUUUCCCGGAUAGCAGAUAAACGUACUUAUUAUGGGCAAUAUGUUUACCAGCAGUUGUGGAUUUUAUUGUUAUCAUUUGUAUACUAGGGAACAGCAAAUGAAGUAUCAAUUUCAGGGUCCAUUCUAAUGUGAAAGUUAAUAUUCCUGUUUUUUAAGUAUGUGGACAAUACAAACUUCCCCACAAGGACUUCUAAUGCUUGUAGGCUAAAACUGGUUGUUUACUAAUAGUUCAUGUCAUCAGUACAAAAAAACAUAUUUUGAAUAUCCAUUAUCAAAUGGACACCAGUCAUUUUUUCUAUCCCAAGAUUGAUGCAUCCUUGAUGAUUUUAAAAGAUCUUUCCUUAAGGUAAGUUUAGAAAAACUAGCAAUAUUUCUGUGGGUUUGGGAGAGUGCUGAAAUGCUGCCACUUCAUGGUAAACCUGUGGAAGUCAAACAUUAAUGUGUAGCGGCACUAUUUCCAUAAUCCUUAACCACAAAGAUAUUGUAAAUAUGUCUAGCCUUGUAGGUCUUUCAUAAAUGAAGGUUCCAUUUCUAAGAAGGUCUUUCCUAAAUGAAGGUUCCAUUUCUAAGAAAUCCUUUUAUAUUGGAGGUAAGUAUACAUUGCUUACCAUUUUAGAGGAACAUCCAGUUAAUGUGUGAUUUAACAUUGCAGUGAUAUCAAAAGUCUGAUGUUAGUGGGCACAACUGCUUUUCAGUUCAUCUGACAUCAAAAGAAACAAGUGGAUGCUGGUUCUCAUCAGACUGCGGCAGCAUCUCAUCAGACCUGGGCAUGACAGAAUUGAGGUCUGUCCAUACUGAAUGCAUACUAGAUUUCUUGCCAGUUUUUCUUGGCAUGCUUUGUAUGUGCUGCUGAAUUUAGUUUAGCUUCGUCAUGCAGAACACACAGAUUUUAUAGCAUUUAAUUUUGAAGUGUACACUGAAAUUAAAACUUUUCCCUGUUUGGAAAACUGAAUUAUCCUCUUGUAAUACUGAGGGUAUAUUUAUCAUAUUAUUGAACCAGUCUAUCUGUUCAUGUCAAGCUACACUUCAGCAUUUAAUUGAAAUAACUGGAAAAUGUAAUUCUGCUGCUGCUUUUCAAACACUUUCACUUUAUAACAUUAGAAUUAUAAUAGCUUUAAAAAGUUGUAAAAUAUUUUUAAACCAGUUAAAAGCCAUCGUCAAUCAUGCCACUAUACACUUUGUAAUUUUAUAGAGUGCCUUCCCCCAGAAACAUCCUGUAGACAAGGCCCAUAGAAAUGAACAAGCAUUGAGAACAUGAUUCAGUCAAAAUUAAGUGCUGUUACUGAUUUUAACAGUAAUAGUUUCUGAAACUCACUUAAUUUGCUGUUUAAAAUCAGUAGGAUUUUAAACUUGAGCUGUUUCAAGUGCAGCUGUGUCAUUCUUGGUCUAUGUUCUCACACAAAUUCCAUAUGUUGCACCAGGGUUUGAUCCAACUUAUUCUCCUCCCUGUUCUGUUCAGACAGAUCUGGUAUGAGCACUUAAGAUCUGUCAUAAAGUUAGAUCAAUAUCUUGUUAGCUGUACUUUGAAUUUUAUUUUUAAACCACACCGCAAGCUAGAAGAGGAAUCUAAAAUGUUUAUUUUUUGGUGUUUUGGGUUAGUAAUUGGACUGGACCAAAAUGAUAAUUAAACUUGAUAUAUGUUAUAUUUGUUUUCACAUGUUGAUAACAAAGCUGUGAUUCUGUAAUUUACAAGUGUGUAAAUACAACUAAAAUCAUUUGGAGCUUGAAUCAUUCUUUGCAGUGUAAAAUUUGUACAUUUGUUUAUAAUCAGAAUGCAGUGUUAUCUGUAUAAAUGGUCUCAUUGUAAGUUUUAAAAUAAAUUGCAUUUCCUAA